AUGAGCGAUGUCCAUGAUCCCUCCCAGAUUCCCAUCGAACUAUUGGAUGCGAUCAUGGACCACACCGAUGAGGAAACGCAGACGAGCUGCUCGCUCGUAUGCCGACAUUGGUCGCCUACAGCCCGUCGUCACCGCUUUCGCGAGGUCAUUAUCCUACCUCAUCGCGAGGAAGCCCAACCACGCUCCGCUUCACUCCUAUGCGAUCCCACAUCGACCAUUCUCCCAUAUAUCUGUCGCCUGAACAUCAGCCUGGAGGGCUUGACACCAGAAAAGGACGGGGCAGUAUAUACAUCGAACGUGCCAUGGCAAGAGGCGGCCCUGGGCUUGUGGCCGACCCGGGGACUAUGGUUCGACGCCGUCUUACCGAUGAUGCGCAUGCACGAUCUCACAGCCCUCAAGACACUCUACAUCUCUGACUUGUCAUGGGAGAGGCUCUCUCUGGAAUCUCGCCGCGGCCUCGCCAUUCUUUGCCAGCGGGUGAUAUCUCUCAAGCUGUCCUUCUCAGGCAAAGUACCGGCCAUGCCGUGUUCGUCCUUAGCCAACCUUCUCAUCGCAGCGACGUCGCUCCAGGAUCUCUCAAUCCACUACUCAUGCAACGUUCCUCCUACCAAGUCAAGGCCCAAUCCCUUGACUCCGCCAGAUGCGCAGAAACCAGCACUGACAUCAUUGAGGAGUCUCAGGCUUACCUUCCAACCGGCUCACUUCCAUACCUACCUUCCGGGCCCACCCUUCCAGUCGCUGCAACUUCGAGAACUCUCACUCGGCACAAUCACACACAACGCGCAUGUGGACCUAGUGCUCCCUUUCCUGCGGUCCUGCGCAGCGACAUUGGAGCGCCUGUAUCUCAAGUUUGAGUGUUUGUCCUCGCCAUGGCAGGCAUACUAUCCAAUGCGGAAAGCGCACUUCUCUGCACAAGGCGGCCUCUCCGGCCUGUCGUCGCUGCGCAGCCUCCAUCUCGACGUGGACGAUCUACAGACCCUCCCGGCCAUCCUGCGCCAGAUAGACUCGCCCAAGCUGGUCGAUCUGACGCUGACGGCCACACCGACGACGCUGGAGCACACCGAGCUGGGAGACCUUGCAGACAGCCUGUCUACUGGGCGUCUUGCUCGCACACGUAUCUCGGUCAUCUGUGUUUCUGCGCGGCCCUGGUGGAACGCUUCCGGCGCAAUCUCUGAGUCGGCUCGGGAUUACAUGUAUGACGUGCUCAAUGCAGGUCUGAUGGACCUGCGGGCGGAGGGAAGGCUUCACGUUUCCUGUCUUGAUAGAGUCCCAGAGAUUGUACAUGAAGUGCACAUACAAGAGGAUGACUACUGGGACGAGGACGAGGACGAGGACGAGGACGAGAAUAUCUGA